GUGUGCCCUAGAAGCCAUUUCAUCAUAUGCUGGGAAAACAUUCAAGGCAGACUCAAUUGAUGAUGUCAGCUCUGCAUGUAACUGUUCUUUAUCUCUCAGUAGAGAAUCACCAAACUCUCAGAUCCGGUGAGAGGUUUGUGGUAUUCACAGGCUUGCUUCUGCCAUGGUUAUUCCCCAGAAGGUCUGUAUUUAAAUUUUGGAAGAAAAUGCAAACUUCCUGUGUCUGAUAUGGUAGAUGCAGAAGUUGGCACUUGAUGAGACACGAAAUUUGGAAGAAAAAAGAUAAACUGUGCAGUUGAAUGUUGCCCAGAAGCAGAGAAAGGCAUGCAGCCAAAUUCCCCCAGCGCCUUGUGUCAUCACGUGACGUUGCUUGGAUAUCAGCUUAUCAACAGACUGAAUUUCUACCACCACCAACACACAAAGAAAGAGACCUUGCGAGGAAACUACAUUGAACAUGAGUACCAGCUUUUAAAAAGGGGGAGAUUAAAAUACAGGGUACAGGAUAAAGGAUGGGAGAAAAACAGAAAAGACAACAAAAGCUUUGGAAUGUUCCACGGAUUCCUUGCAUUCACGUCCCUUCCUCUGCCUACACCCACAACACUUCCUUAAUGAAGGACCUCACCCAAGGGCAGCAACGCUACUUUUACAGCAUCAUGAGGAUUUACAAUUCCAGGCCCCAAUGGGAGGCCCUGCAGAACCGCUAUAUUCACAGCCUUCAGCACCAGCAGCUGCUUGGCUACAUUACUCAACAGGAAGCUUUGGCUAGUGCCACUGUACUUAGAGAUUCAAUCAAGAGAGCCUCAGCCAAGGAAGCUCCUCAAAGAUCCAUCCGCCGGAAGCCUUCAGCCAUGACAAGAACAUGGCUGUCAGCACCUCCUGGGUCUGUGGGUCGACCCAGGGCUCAAAGUGCAGGGCUUGGAUCUCUCAGGAAUUGAGACUUUGCACAGGCUCUGAAACAGGCACUUAACCCCCAAAUCUAGUGGGUGCUUAGUGCAUAUUCAUUGAAUGAGAAUGAAAAAAAAUUACUUCUAACACACACCCCAUACCUAGAAAUAAUCUCUCUCCCACUCACAAAAAUUUUGCCAACAAGAACAAGUUGAGGGGUUUAAGAGCAACGGAGCAAAGCGUAAACACACCUUUCACUCCACAUAUAAUCUGUAGAGUGAAAUGGCUUUGGAAGCUUUCAAAGUAAAAGCUUCCUUUGAAUUAGAACCCCUCAGACAAGUCCCAAAAACAGUGAAAGUGGAAAAGUCAUCAAAGGGUGCCACAAACCAACACUGAGUUAACACUGAACAUGCAGGGUUUUCGGAGUCAUACCAUCUCAGCAGCAACUGGCCUGUGCAUUUCCAUGUCCUCCUUCCUCUCUUCUUUCCCAUCAAGCAAUAG